AUGUCGACUCAGUCCCAUUCGAUUGUUCCACCCACCACGGCCGAGUCACUCGCCGCUUUCUCCCAAGACAUCUCCCGCGUCAUGACCACGUCGUUCCGGACCUCGGUGUCUUCCCAGGAUCACCACAAGACCACCAAGACUUCUUCCCAUUUCAUCGACGGGAUGCCACCUGCUCCGCCUCCAUCGCCGGUCAGCUUUGCCAUUGAUAGUAAUGGCGGGCAAUGUACCACCAAGUUUGAUGAGAUCUCUCGUCUGAGCCUGGAUUAG